AGAACGUCAUCACGUCAUCAUAUCGCCAAAAAAAUCAUCGGGAAAUUAAUUUUUAUCAUGUCGAAUGAGGAUUUAAUAUUUAAUGCGAAAGAAAUACGUAUAAUAUUGUUUUAUUUAAUAUUAUCGGAAUUUUAUGGAAACUAGAUUUCGUUGCAUUGUAAAUUUUUCUUCACCAAUCAAGUUGGCCAAAAAGAAAAUUAAUGACGCGAUUGCAAUCUAGUGAGCGGUAUUGGUGCAGAUAAACGAAAAGGUAGAAAUUGCACGAGAAGAAUGGAAGUCGGCCUUGCAACGUGCCGAUUUCCGAUUUAGAUUAUUUCCACAGUCUCAAAUAUUCAGUCAAUUCCGCUCGACCAAACGCAAGCGAUCACAAUAAUUUUUCAUCGGAGGUGACAUUCCCCUUCCGCCGGCCAUUCGAAACGAAAGCGAAGAGCGAAGCAACUCGAAAAAAUCCUUGAACUCGGCCGCAGCCGGAAAAUUAAUCAAAAAACCGUAUGUAAUUAGAAAAAAGAUGAGGAGUUUUGCCAAGCCGGGGCCGCCUGGCGGCGCAACGCCGAACUACCAUAGAAAUUCCUGGCGAAAGAACCACUUCUCGAUCCACACAAACAUGACAAGUUGAAAACGAAAUUCCCAAGUUCUUCGCGACAAUUGUGACCGUGGUCUCUGAUACACCGAUUUUCGGCCGGAUUCGACGGCGAAAAAUCGAACAUUUCCGCGGAUUGUGCUUCGCUGGUCCACGUACGACCCGAAUCCGCCGGAAAGUCCGCCGAAAUCGGCUUGUUAAUAAAUAAUUUUAGAUAAUUCCAUUAGCUAGAUCGCAGCAAACGUGUCGCGGUUCGGGCGUUUCGGGCGAGUUCGGUCGGGCUCGUUAUCGCCGAUGGAACGGAAUACGUGCUUUCGAUGAAACGUAAAACAACACAACAGCGCCGCAUAUAACAUAGGUGGCCGUCGUGACAAACAAUUCAGGGUCCGCAAGCAGAUCAUCCCAAUGUCAUGGCAACUAGGAUCAAAAAACUUGGACCGGCCGCUUCGCCGAAGGAGCUAAUAGCACCGGAACCGGCCGAAACCGCCGCCAAACCGCCCAAUCCCGCCAAACCGAUCGGCAAACGCAUAGCCAAGAACCCCAGGAAGCGGAUCAACAAACCGCUGGGCGUCGCGCUCAAAACCAAAGUCGGCAAGCUGAAGCUGAACCCGCUGGCGAAGACGACCCUCCAGAGCGCCGCCAAGAAGAAGCAGCUGAUCAAGAACGGCUCGAAGGAGAUCAAGGCGGGCCGCAAGCGGAUCAAGAAGGGCCUGUCGAUCAAGAAGGAGCCCGACGAUGCGCCGCCCGUGCUCGAGCCCAUCUUUCCGCUCGAAGAGAACAAGAAGCAGCCGAAGAAGCGCGGCGUCAAGCGGAACAACAAGGACGUACCCGAAUUGAUGGAUUCCACUAAAAUCAAGGAGGAGAUCGAGGAUGAUGUAUCGAGCGAUUUGACCGAUACGUCGUUCGGCGAUAAUUCCGGCGCUUCGAAGCAAUCGAAGCGCACCAGAACGGCGAAGAAAGUGAAAAUCGAAUCGAUGGAAACGAUGGAAGACGUCAUGAACGAUCUAACGUGUCUCAUCAAAUCCGACGAGAUCAAAAAAGAAACGGACGUCCAAUCGGAGGCGGAUAAAAUGAAGAAAUUGAGCCGAAAACAGAAGUUGGAACUGCUGAAGAAGAGCAUCAAAAAGGAGAACAUCGAGAACGUUUCGAAUCGAACGAAAUUCGAUCCCGCCGACGAGAAGAUCAUCGACAUGUUGGAUUUGAACGUGAACGUAUUGAAAAAACGAUCGCCGGUGACCAAUCGAAGGCACAGCUUCGAGAUGUGCUCGUCGACUCCUCUGGAAACCGCCGAAGAUGCCGUCAAACUGUUCGGCGAAGCGCCGCGGAGCUCCAGCCCGCGAUCGAAGCGGAAAACCAAGCAGGACGUGCCCGCCCGAAAACCUAGUCCUUACACCACGCGAUCCGACGUGCCCGCCAAGAAGCUGCGCAACGGCAAAGAGCGCAAAUUCAAGAACCUCGGCCUGCUCGACGGCCUGCACGUGGUCAACACGCGCAGGCGCCGCAUGCUCUCCGACUCCUGCUCGAAGGUGUCCGGCUACGAAUCGGACAGCAGCUACUCGGACCUCGCCUCCAACGAACCACCCAAAGAGGAUACAUCGAAACCAAUCGAUUCGCUCGAUUCGAACUCGAACCCGCUGCCCGAGAAGAACGUCAUCCUCGACAUCAUGAAGAUGAAGUUCAACGGCGAGGUGGAAUCGAAGCAGCCCGAUAGUGAGUUCAAGAUGGCGACGGUGGUGGCGUCGCGGUUCUACGGGAGGCGCGCCAGCGACGCCUCGCCGGCCACCACGGAGCCCGAUCCGAAGGAGGCGAUCAGCGAGAAGAUCGCCGACGAGGCGCCGCUGAUGGUCGACGAGGCGGGCCUGGGACUCGGCAGCGCCGCCAGCGAGGCCGACGAGAACCUGACCGACGUCCAGGCGGAUCGAGACCGGGAUCGAACGGUCGCCGAAGGAGAGACGGUCGAUGAUAGCGCUUUAGAUAAGUCUGAAUAUAUUCCUAUGGAAGACGGGCCCGUCGCGACUGAUUGUAGUUACACUGUGAUCGAGACUAACGAAGAAGAUUUGCACGUUCGCGUUGACGAAGCUACGGAGAAUGUCGCCGAGAAAGAGAGUAUUCUAAAAGCGUUGGGGCUUCGAAGGUCGAACGCGCCCGAGCAGGAGCCCGUCAAGCCGAAGCCUAAAAACGACAACUACACGGGCACCUUAAAAACUGUGAUCAAAAUUAAUCGUGAUAAGAAAAAGGGAGGUAAGGGUUUCGUCAAGUCUUCGAUGCAGAAGGGCAAGACAAAAACCUUGGACGAGGAACAAACGGAGGAGACCAACGAGAAGGCUAGCAAAGAGAAAGAGACUUCACCGUCUUGGAAACACGGAACGCACUCUUCGGACACGGCCGGUGCGCACAGAAAGUCACAUUAUUCUAACAGAUCUAACAUGGACGCCAGCAGCGAGCACACCUCCGACGGCGAGGCCGCCGCCCCCCAAGACGGCGCCAUCAAGGCGCUCGUCAUACCGGAGAAGGCCAGCUCGUUCAGCAUCCACCCCGGCAGGCUGUGCAAGGACGAAUGUUCCUAUUGCUUCGGCAAGUUCGGGCUCUUCGAUACGCCCUGUCACAUCGCCCAAAUGAAGAGCGUCGAUCGACAGAACAAAAUUCUAACCGCUGAAAAACACCUUACGAGAGACUCGUGCCUUUGCGACGCCUGCUACAGACACGUGGACAGGAAAUCGAACACCCCAUCGUACACGAACAAAUCGUUGAAGAGGAACUCCCUGGUGGCGCCCGGCCCGCGACAGAACCACUGCCACGUGUUGGGCUGCGAGAAAGAAUCCUCGAAGAUCCUGCGCAGGAAGUGGAUAAUAAAGAUGAGGAAGUGCAUAUGCCAAGUGAUCAACCUCGAUUUGGACAAUCCCGGAUUGCAUUCGAUACCCAUCUGCGAGGAGCACUAUUCGGCGCUGGAGCAUCUCAUGAUAUGCGCCAUGUGCAAGCGACGGCUGGCCAGCAAUCACAUACAUUAUUUGGGCCCCGAAACGGCGGAGAUCAACAAAGCGCUCAAGGAAAACGGCAUACCGCUCGCCCUCACCGAUCGACCCGUAGUCUGCAAACUCUGCAAGUGCCUCGCUUCGAUCAUCCUCAAAAACCCCAAAGACCGACCCGAAGCCAGCAACAAUUUCUUCCUGGAAUACAAGAAAAGGCUCCUCCAUUUCAACGCUAUCGUUCGAAUGGACGAAUCGGCCGCCGAAGAACCGAUAGCGGUGCCGAGCAAGGCCGACAGAGUGGAGAUGCUGAAGAAGCGCAAGCGAAUGAAGUACACCGGCACGUCGGACGAUCACACGGAGGACGAGCAAGAGGACCGGGUGCCUUCUACCGGUACGAACAGCCGGCCACAAUCGCGCUCCGAUUCGCCCAACGACGAUUACAACGGCAUCGAUUACAACACGCUCAUACCGACCAUCGCCAUGGAGGUGGGCAGCGACAGCGAGGGCAAAAAGGACGGCGCGAUGCCCGUGUUGAAUCGGUUCAACGAUACGCAGCGCGAAUCGGUGGAGAUAUUGAGAAUACCGAAGGGCGGCGACCGGUCGAAGUCGGAGUCGCUGCUGAAGAAGCUGGGCAAUUCGGUGUCGGUGCGCCAGCUGAUCCCGGGCGAGGAGGAUCUCGCGUUCGCCGGUAGCGUGCAUUUCAACAGCGCGCGCGAAAAGACGCCCGACGGUUGGGAGAAAUGCACGUCGGUCAUCCAAUACGACGAGGAGACGAAAAAGUUGUGGCAGGAAUUGCAGAAACCCUACGGCAACCAGAGCAGCUUCUUGAGGCAUCUCAUUCUCUUAGAAAAAUAUUUUAGAAACGGCGAUUUGAUUCUUUCUCCGCGAGCCAGCCAUCAUUCGAUAAACUACAGCGAAUCGGUGCAUAAUAGAUUAAGAGCCUACGAUAAUAUACCGAGCAGCGCUGGAAACAUCCAACCGCUCAGCAUGAUCCCGUUUAAUAAAUUACAAACGAAAAGCAGCAGCGGGAUUAUUACCAGCUUAAAUAUCCCUACAGCUACUUCGACUCAAUCCAAAGCCGGCAAAUCGUCGAGUACCACAGCUAUAUCGCUACCUAAGAACACGCCGAUUACCAUAUCCCAGCUGAACAGUCCGCCGCUGAUAUCCUGCUCGUCCGUAUUGCAACCCGUAAAGUCUAAAAUAAUCGGACAACCGCCGGGAUUGAUAUCCCUCCAUCCGGGCACCGCGCGUCCGGUGGCGCCCGUCGCCAAACCGCCCCAAUCGCAGAAGAUCAAGUUCCCCAUCACGAAGAACUGGAGGCCGAACUUGAUCCCCAUCGAUCCCAAAAAGAAGAUCGAAAGGAAGACGGGUUUAGUUCAAGUGAUAUCGCGGGGGAAGCCCUAUCACAUAACGCUGGAGGACUACAAGAAGAUGUGCGCGAUAAAGCGGAGCUUCGAGAUGAAGCAGAAGCGCGACAAGGAGGCGCAAGCGUCGAAGUCGGUGCUCGUGUCGCAGAAUUCGGUGUCGGUGCUGAAGUCGAUCAACGCGAGGGGUUUGGAGAUCGGCCAGGGCGCGGCUGCGGUCAAAAGCGAGCCGAUGUCGUUGGGCGAUGGGAUGUCCGAGGGGGAGAAUAUAUUGGAGAAGUUGGACAAGCAGGUGGAGAGUUUGGGGACCAAGUUGGGCGAGAAGGCCCUGCCGCUUCCGAAGAUACCAAAAUCGUUGACGGUCAUACCGCAGACCGUUACUAAGAAAUCAAAUAGGUCUUCUAGCCCUUUGUUACUCAUCACUAAGAACAGUAAUAACGGUAAGUCAUGAGUUUUAUUCGGUGACAAUUAUUCAAAGUGCCUAUUAAAAUAUAAAGGGAAUUUUCAAAUUGGAAAGUACUUUUUUCGAAACAUUAUAUCGUCUUUUUCUCAUUUAUUAUUAUUAUAUUUACCUAAUUUUUUUUUAAUCUAUUGAUUUAAAAGAAACAUAUCUAAUUCAAGUAGUAUUAGAAUAUAAAGUACUUUCGAUUUUUUAGAUUUUCU